AAAACAAGACAUACUGUGAAGAGGUUGUAUCCAUUUUAAAAGUCAUUUUAUUUUAUUUUAUUGGAUUCGCCUGCAAAACCUAAUCAAUUUAGGUUUAGUUUUUUUUUCCGUUCAAAGAAAAACAAAUGGAUUUUAAUUUGGCAAGAAAUAGGCUAUUUUCAAGGUAGUACUUGAGGUUUGGGUCGGUUUUGCUGCGUUUUGUGUUCAAGGUAAGUAUUUUUCUUUUACUUUGGAUUAUUGUUUGGAUUUUUUGUCUGCUCUGUCAUUAAUUGCACACAUUCUCUCAAGCAUAACGUUUGAAAUCUUAUAGCGGAUCCUGACAACAAAAAAAACCCCAUCAAAUAUCAAAUGGUUGGUUAAAACCUUGGCCCUCCGUCACAGAAAAGACACGUUAAGAAAAUCGAAUUAUUUCCCAUGAUGACGCAGCAUUGAUAGAAUGUGCUUUUGGGUGUUUUUCUUCUGUUAAAAAAAAAAAGGGUAAUAUGUAAAACAACAUGUAAAUAAAAUGCCUUGAUUUAACUGGUGGUCUUGUGUUUCAUCAUCCUUAAUGGAUUCAAAUUUAGUGGAGCAUGAUGGCUGUAUCAUUUUCUCAUGUCAUUCUUUGUGCUUAAUUGCAUUAUGGGAUUAACCGGCACGAGGUCAAACCUCUCCUCAUCCCCCCAUUUCGGCAAGAGUGCGUUUUGUUCGUCCUUGCAGCUCUGUGCGCCAUAGGUCUCCGUAGGAUAGCCUACAGCUAUGUCUUGGCUUUGUAACAUACUAAAAUAUUUCCUAUUUACGUGCCUAGUGCUGUUCUCGUUCCACUCGAAGGGUGGCGCUUGUAUUUAAAACGUAAGAUCAAGGAUUCAAUUAACAGCCUGGGACGUUUCGACCGACCUGCUGAACAUCGAUAUAAUUGCAUGUCCUUUUUGGAUUGUGAUAAACGUGUGUUUCAGCUCAGAGAAAGGGUCUAAAUUGUGUAACAUCGGAAAUGUAAUGAUUAAUCCGUUAUCACAAAAUAACCAGAUGAUUAAUAGGUGUCUGGAUCUUUUUAACAGGUGAUCAAUGAGCUAUAUAUUGGCCCAUUGAUCAUGUCUCAUUUAUUUAUUUAUUACAAAAUGUUAUUAGGCGUGAGGACGAAGUCACGCCAAAAGUUUGUUUCAAACACCUGAUAAAUCAGACAAAUUAUGAUCAUCUAUUUAAUCAGUUUAAACAACUGAUGACGGGCGUCUGGAUUUGAACCGCCGCAGUAACAGGCAAAAUGUGCCAAGCCGUCCCGCAGGGUAGGGGGGUUGCUGGCGCGCGGCGCGGUCGGUCCCGCCUCUCCUGCUUAAAGAGUCCGGUACGCCUCCGCGCUCCUCAGUUUGCCCAAGCAGCAGGAGUGGAUUAUAGGAUGCUGGACACGUGCGAUGGAUUCUAGUUUUUUUUAUAUUAUCAACAUUACGGAAAGGAUGACUUCCGACAACUGUGAUUCUCUCGAGGCUCAGCAGAACAUCGGAGAAAUGUUGAAUUCCAACGUCUCCAAACAUUUACGCGAAGGCAAUGGCACCAACAGUGGCUCUUGUAGCUCGGUGUCCGUUGGAUAUCCAAUUACUAUGAUGCUCACGGGCAUGGUGGGCAACUCUCUAGCUCUUAUCCUGGUGUAUUUCUCUUACAAAAAGAAGGAAAAUAUAAGGAAAAGGUCGUUUUUGCUUUGUAUUGGCUCGUUGGCGCUGACCGAUCUCUUUGGGCAGCUUCUGACCAGUCCGAUCGUCAUAUCAGUUUACCAGGCGGGCCUCAAGUGGGAGCGCAUCGACCCGUCUGGCAACUUGUGCGCGUUUUUCGGUGUGUGCAUGACCACUUUCGGUCUCUGUUCUCUUUUUAUGGCCAGCGUCAUGGCCAUUGAGAGGGCCCUGGCGAUCACCAAUCCACACUGGUACUCCAACCACAUGAAGACAAGUGUCACCAAACAGACCCUGGUGAUCAUCUGGUGUCUGGUCUUGAUCUUCGCUCUGCUGCCCAUCGUAGGGGUCGGCAAAUACACUUUGCAGUGGCCAGGGACUUGGUGCUUCAUAAGCACGGGGGACAGGGAUGUUCCCGGGAACAUGUUUUUUUCCAUUACUUUCGCGCUACUAGGGAUCUUCUCUCUGCUUGUGACUUUCUCCUGCAAUGUGGCCACCAUCCGGGGGCUGGUCAUACGCUGCAGAAACAAGUCUGGCACGGCCCAGUCCUCCAAGCAGUGGGAACGACUCACCACGGAGACCGUCAUCCAACUGUUGGGGAUUAUGUGCGUCCUGCUAAUUUGCUGGUCUCCCUUACUGGUGCUAAUGCUGCGGAUGAUCUCCACCCAGACCUCAUCCCAUCACUGCAAGCAAGACCCCUCUUCCUCCUCCUCCUCCUCCUCCUCCUCUUCCUCCUCCUCCUCCGUGUUCUCAUCCACCUCCUCCUUAGCCCCGGGUCGAGACCUGGAUUGCAACUUCUUCCUCAUGGCCAUCCGCCUGGCCUCGCUCAACCAGAUCCUAGACCCCUGGGUGUACCUGCUGCUCAGGGAGAUCCUGCUGCGCAAGUUCUGCAUGGUGGCCAACGCCAUGUCCAACUGCUCCAUCGAGAGACGCAACGAGAACCAGGUGGCCCUGACCGCCCUCCACAAGGAGGUCUCGCCGGAGGCGGACCGCCUCCAGAAGCAGCAGACGGAGUAGACGGCCCACUUCGGUUUAUUGUUUACAUAGAAGCAGACAAGACGGGACGGGAUCCGGGGUUGUGGCGCGGAUCGGAUCGGAUUUCCUGCACAUUGACGGAUUCAUUAGACGGUUCUGAAACGGAUUGUUUCUUUUUUCUGCACGACGGGAGACUGGAUUUGAACUUUGAUUUUGUAGACUGUACACAGGAGGGUGCAUAAGGUGUUUAAGGAGUCAAGAAGCUGUGCGGCAGUACUGUACAUGUUCACCAGCUGAGUCCUCUCAAUGUGCACUCAUAUUUGUUUGCUUGAAAAAACAACAACGCAUAUUCCAUUCCAAAGUCACCUAACCAGCAUGUGGUCACGGCACCUUGCAGACUGGUUGCAAAGUUUCGAUUGUAGUUUGAAAGGAAAUGUUUUUUGGGUGUUUAUCUUUGUUUUGACUGUGUCUUUGGACUGCAGACUCACCAAACAUGGUUGCUUAUGAUAUUGUUGCUGAUGUGGUUGUGCUCAGAAAACCUCUGUGGCCUAUUAGUUUAAAUAAACAUGAUCCAUCAGGAACAAGGAUGGUGAAUCAAUUCCAUGUAAAACUAUAAUCGAAUGGUGCAGUCUUCUCAGAACCUUUUAUAGUGCCUGCUGAACUGUGGCUGCUUCUAACAACGUUAAGCUAUUACUGUACAUUCACAGAGGCUUGACGGAGAAUGUUGAAAAGAGGAUUUCAAUACAAGCUGUAUUGUUUAUUUUUUUAUUUUCUUAUAUACUAUAAGUACUAGCUUUAAAGCGCUUGAUAAAACUAUAUUUAUCGUAUUGCGCAUGUACAGGAUUGUUCCAAUGGUGAAACGCAAGAGACAAUUAUGUUUGAUUAGUAAUGGUCAUUGUAAAUAUUUGUUAAGCAAAAAAUGAUUUAUUUAUAUGUUGGGGUAAUUGCACAUUUUCUUGUUCAUUUGUGGUGAAUGCCGUCUAUAAAUGUUAAAAUAUGUAUCCCGCCGGGUUGAUUGCAAACAAGGCCAUUGAAAUGUGAAUGUCGUACCGUCUAUCCAAUUCCUUUCGAAUUCUGCAAGGCAUGGAGCUUACUUAGUUUUUCUCCAUCUAAGAUUCUCGCAUAUAUUUGAGACAUGCCAACUCUUAAAUGCCAAUACAAGAUGUCAAAGCUUACAAGAGGAUCAGUUUGGAUGCAGAGACAGUGAAGUAGCCCCUCCGAGCCAAACGGUACUGGGGAAGAUCUCGAGAGAGAGACGUCGUUUAGAGGACGCUAACUACUCCUGGGUGACAGUUAAUGAGGACUGAUUGGGUGAACACCCGUGUCUCCUUAAAACAUUUGUACUUCAUCUGUGUAUCAUAAUUGUCAGAUUGCAAAGUUACAUUUUGUACCCAUAGUAAAUCAAUGUUUGUGCCAUUCUACGUUAGAAGACAAAUGUCCUUCGACAUCUUCCUCUGCAGCAGUAGGAUACUGUUUGCAUAGGAUAGCAAGGAAUUCUCUAUGAUCUUCUCACAUUGGCCGAUAGUAUUAUGUGUCGGGUACACCAGACUAAUCAUGUUGGGAUCAUACCAAAAUGUGAGCUUAAAGCUGAUUGGUCAGAAUGCUGUGUGGGAGGUGGCCACCUGAAAGCAGUAUAGGCCUCUCUUGAGAUUUUUGUUGAUGUUAAUGAUUAGUAUUUAUGUCAGGGAUUAAAGUGAAAGAAGAUCUAAUAUGUACAUUUAAGUUAUUGACAAACUGCACCAAUGUCUCAUGGAGACAUUUCCAUGCAACAUGGCUGUUGAAUGGAAAGU